CCCCCCAUGGACAUGCUGGACCCGGGUCUGGAUCCCGCUGCCUCGGCCACCGCUGCUGCCGCCGCCAGUCACGACAAGGGACCUGAGGCAGAGGAGGGUGUCGAACUGCAAGAAGGCGGGGACGGGCCUGGGGCGGAGGAGCAGACGGCGGUGGCCAUCGCCAGCGUCCAGCAGGCGGCGUUCGGCGACCACAACAUCCAGUACCAGUUCCGCACAGAGAAUAAUGGAGGACAGGUGACGUACCGCGUGGUCCAGGUGACUGAUGGUCAGCUGGACGGCCAGGGCGACACAUCAGGCGCCGUCAGCGUCGUGUCUACGGCUGCCUUCGCGGGGGGGCAGCAGGCUGUGACCCAGGUGGGUGUGGAUGGGGCCACCCAGCGCCCCGGCCCCGCUGCUGCCUCUGUGCCCCCAGGUCCCGCAGCGCCCUUCCCACUGGCUGUUAUCCAAAAUCCCUUCAGCAAUGGUGGCAGCCCGGCUGCUGAGGCUGUCAGUGGGGAGGCCCGAUUUGCCUAUUUCCCAGCGUCCAGUGUGGGAGAUACCACGGCUGUGUCCGUACAGACCACAGACCAGAGCUUGCAGGCUGGAGGCCAGUUCUAUGUCAUGAUGACGCCCCAGGACGUGCUUCAGACAGGAACGCAGAGGACAAUUGCACCUCGGACACACCCCUACUCCUCGAAAAUUGACGGAACAAGAACGCCACGGGAUGAGAGAAGGAGAGCUCAGCAUAAUGAAGUGGAGCGGAGGCGGAGGGACAAGAUCAACAACUGGAUCGUCCAGCUUUCAAAAAUCAUUCCAGAUUGUAAUGCAGAUAAUAGCAAGACGGGAGCGAGUAAAGGAGGGAUCCUGUCAAAGGCCUGCGACUACAUCCGGGAGCUGCGCCAGACCAACCAGCGCAUGCAGGAGACCUUCAAGGAGGCUGAGCGGCUGCAGAUGGACAAUGAGCUCCUGCGGCAACAGAUCGAGGAGCUGAAGAAUGAGAAUGCCGUGCUCCGCGCCCAGCUGCAGCAGCACAACCUGGAGAUGGUGGGCGAGAGCGCCCGGCAGUGACACCACCUACCAUGCGGUGGGGGCCGCCUCCGGGCCCCCACCGUCCCCUUCCCCAGCCCUUAGCACAGAGAGGGACAAACGCCCCUCCCCCAGCUGCGUUUUUUAUAGUAGAUUUUUAACAAAAAAAAUGGGGAGAAAUAAUGCAUUUCUGUGGAUAAGCGCCCACCACCCUCCUCAACUUGGAAACCAUAUCCCCUCCCCCAUUUGUCCGUCUCCCUUCUCCCGGCCCCCACUCAACCCAGCACUUCUAGUGGUCUCACCUGGAGGCCAGAGGGAGGAGGACAGAGCCCCUGCCACACCCCGCUGCCUCCUCGGACUCUCGGGGUACUGAGACCAGGGUGCUUAUGGGGAGGAGGGGGUCCUGCGGGGGGCCUGGACCCAAGCAGGGAGGCCACGUCCCACCCCACCUCUUGUUUC